UCCAUAGCUUCAAGAUCUUCAAAAAUUACGCUGUACACAAUGAUGGAAUCUCAAACUAUUUUCCUGUUAACAUUUCCCUUGGUGUCCCCAGUCUGCAAAACCUCGUCACUCAUAAUUUUCAAAUCACCAGCCCGCAUCACUGCAACACGUCGCCAUGUAAUAGCUUCCCACAACUCUGCCGCUGCCCCUACACGGGAGAAAGAUGCAAAAAAACGAGUCGUCAUCACAGGUAUGGGUGUUGUGUCCGUGUUUGGAAAUGACGUGGACACAUACUACGACAGCCUUCUCGCAGGGAAGAGCGGAAUCAGUUUAAUCGAUAAAUUUGAUGCUUCAGCAUUCCCUACGCGAAUCGGAGGUCAGAUUCGUGGAUUCGAGUCAACUGAGUAUAUUGAUAGGAAAAAUGACCGCAGACUUGAUGAUUGUCAACGGUAUUGUAUUGUUGCUGGGAAAAAAGCACUUGAAGACGCUGGUCUUCGCAGACAUGAACAGUCUAAAAUCAAUAAGGAACGUGCUGGUGUCCUUGUUGGGUCAGGACUCGGUGGUGUUACGGUAUUGUGCGAAGGUCUAGAGUCUCUAAUGGAGAGUGGUUACAAGAAAAUUUCACCAUUUUUGGUUCCUUAUACACUAACAAACAUGGGUCCGGCGUUACUUGCUAAAGAUCUUGGCUUUAUGGGACCAAAUUACAGCAUCUCAGCUGCUUGUGCGACAUCCAACUUUUGCUUCUGUGCUGCUGCUAAUCAUAUCCGUGAAGGGAAGGCUGAUUUGAUGAUUGCUGGUGGGGUCGAUGCUCCCAUUGUUCCCGUGCAAUUGGGAGGUUUUGUUGCUUGUAAUGCUUUAUCUCAAAGAAACGAUGAUCCCCAAACUGCUUCUAGACCAUGGGAUAAAGAUAGAGAUGGGAUUGUCAUGGGGGAAGGUGCUGGUGUUCUGGUGAUGGAGAGUUUAGAUCAUGCAAUGAAAAGGGGUGCUCCAAUACUUGCGGAAUACUUAGGAGGUGCAAUAAAUUGUGAUGCUUAUCAUAUAACUAAUCCGAGAUUUGAUGGGCUCGGUGUUUCAUCUUGCAUUCGAAGCAGCCUUGUGGAUGCUGGUGUGUCAGUAGAGGAGGUAAAUUACAUCAAUGCACAUGCAACUUCAACGGUGAUAGGAGAUCUGGCAGAGGUUAAUGCACUCAAGAAGGUGUUUAAGAACACCGAAGGGAUCAAAAUGAACGCCACUAAGUCUAUGAUUGGGCACUGUAUGGGAGCAGCUGGAGGUAUGGAAGCCAUUGCUACUAUCAAAGCCAUUCAAACAGGAUGGUUGCAUCCAACCAUUAAUCAAUUUAACCCAGAACCUGAUGUCGAGUUUGACACUGUGGCAAAUAAAAAGCAACAGCAUGAAAUCAACGUUGCUAUUUCAACUUCAUUUGGUUUUGGUGGACACAACUCCGUAAUAGCAUUCUCUGCAUUCAAACCUUGACAUGUUUAUCUGGAAUGUGUUGGAAACUACAUGCCCUUCGAGGCAUUUACUCAACUUAUUAAUAAUGAGAUUGCAUCAUUACCACA